CGACGUAAUCAGCUGGUUAGUUUACGUCAAACUGCCGUAUGUCGCAAAACAGCCAAAGAGCCCACACGUAGUUGGCAGCUACUAUUCACUACAGUAUAUCUCGUUUUAUUUACUGUUCAAGAUAACUGCUACAAUGGAAAUCUUACGUCCAUCAUUGAUCAACAUAAGUGGAAGAGUAUACAGAAGAAAUACGAUCAAAGAAGACCAGUAUGAAGAGGGGGAAGAGGACGACUCCUACAUGGGACCACCAGCAAGUGAACAGUUUGAGGAAGAAGAAGAGUUCUGUGACAGCCACUCCAUAGAACAGACUGAUAAAGGUUUCAGCUGUGCCAUUGAUGUCCCAAGUGUUCUUUACAAAUACAUCAUCGGAAGGAAAGGAGAGACACGUAGAAGACUCGAGGCAGACACAAAGACAGACAUCCACAUUCCAAAACAAGGAGUGGAAGGACAGAUCGUGAUCACUGGCUCCCAGAAGGCCGCGGUGUCCUCUGCCGUGACUCGUGUCGAGCUCCUGGUGCAGAGCUUUCGCAAGAAGCAGCCGUUCACCCACUUCCUGUCGUUCGCUCUUAACCACCCUCAAGUUCAGGAUGGAUUCCUGAGGUUUAAAGAGGAGGUGUUGGAGCAGUGUUCUCAGGACCACGGAGUAGAUGGAAGCAUCUUCCAGAACCCUGCUAAGCUCCAUCUAACAGUCGGCACCCUGGCUCUGCUGAACGACCUGGAAGUGGCCCAAGCAUGUAAACAACUCCAGCACUGUCAGGACUUUAUCAAGACCAUCACAGAAGGGAAGCCUCUCCCGCUGGAGGUGACAGGGAUUGAGUACAUGAACGAUGACCCAGCCAUGGUGGAUGUCCUGUAUGCCAAGGUCCAAGUGAAAGAUGGUUCGGACAAGCUGCAGACCAUUGUGGAGCGGCUGGUGGACCACUUUGUUUCCUCGGGGCUGAUGGUCAGAGAAUGGGACAGAGUGAAACUGCACGGCACAGUGAUGAACACUCUGUUCAGGAAGGAUGCUUCAGCCGAAGCCGGAGGAGGAAGGCAGCAGAACAUGAAGGAGCGGGAGGCCUUCGAUGCCAGGAACAUAUUAAAGAGCUUUGGGUCGUACCAUUUUGGGGAGUUUGAUCUGAGUGCGGUCCAGAUUUCCCAGAGGUAUUCUACCGACUGCACCGGUUUCUACACCUCCGCUGGCCUUCUGAACUUCUCCUGACCACCUCUCCCCUGAACCUUCACUCAGGUCAGAGGUGAACGAUGAAGCUUCAAGGUGGACUGGACCUGCAGAGAUGAAGGACCGGGUUACAAGGUGGACAUGUCAGAAAACUCUAGGAUGUCCCUGUCACCAUGUCAGACAACUCUAGGAUGUCCCUGUCACCAUGUCAGAAAACUCUAGGAUGUCCCUGUCACCAUGUCAGAAAACUCUAGGAUGUCCCUGUCACCAUGUCAGAAAACUCUAGGAUGUCCCUGUCACCAUGUCAGAAAACUCUAGGAUGUCCCUGUCACCAUGUCAGAAACUCUAGGAUGUCCCUGUCACCAUGUCAGAAAACUCUAGGAUGUCCCUGUCACCAUGUCAGAAAACUCUAGGAUGUCCCUGUCACCAUGUCAGAAACUCUAGGAUGUCCCUGUCACCAUGUCAGAAAACUCUAGGAUGUCCCUGUCACCAUGUCAGAAAACUCUAGGAUGUCCCUGUCA